ACGAAAACUGGGGAAAGUUAAGUUCGGAGUUUGCUUAAAAAAAAACCCUGAAAGAAAAUGUUGCUCGUUGUGAGGAAUGAAAGCUUUUGAUUUACAAGUGUUCAGGGGGGUGACGUUGAAUCUGAAAUUGAUGUGGGUCUCCUUGCAAAAUGCCGUGGGGUGGUUUCCUGUGUGAGGGGAGCUGCAGGAAUGUGAGUUUUGUUGUUGUUGUGAUGGAUAGGAGUUACCCGCUGUCUGCUUGUCCGCAGCAAGGCCUAGUGCCCAUCGUGGAGCCGGAGAUCCUGACUGAUGGCAGCCAUGACCUCCAGCGGUGCCAGUACUUGACUGAGAAGGUCCUCACUGCCUGUUAUAAGGCCCUCGUUGAUCACCAUGUCUACCUGGAGGGGACUCUGCUUAAACCCAACAUGGUGACUGCUGGACACUGCUGUACCAGGAAGUUCAGUCCAGAAGAAGUUGGCAUGGCAACCGUCACUGCUUUGCGUCGCACUGUCCCUGCAGCUGUGCCAGGUAUCUGUUUCCUGUCCGGGGGUCAGAGUGAGGAGGAGGCCUCUGUCAACCUCAACGCCAUUAACCUGUGUCCCCUGCGGAAACCGUGGAAGCUGAGCUUUUCCUUUGGCCGGGCCCUGCAGGCUUCGGCCCUCAUUGCCUGGUCUGGCAAAGAGGACAACGCAGAGCUGGCACAAGAGGCCUAUGCCAAGAGAGCCAAGAUUAACAGCCUGGCCUGUAAAGGUGAAUAUUCUCCAUCAGGCGAUACCAAUAUAGCAGCUAACUACUCACUUUACACUGAAAACUACACUUACUGAUGGUCCAGCAGGAUCUUUGUGCCCAUUCCCAAAUCCCACCCUUUCUCAUCAGCCCAGCGAUUACAGACCCCUCCCUUUCUUGCUCCCCCAAUCGCAGUGUGUGAACCCUGGUUUUAUAUUUCACAGCAACCAGUCCCCUCCCCGAUGCUUGCCUCUCCUUCUCAUCCCCUGCUACCUCUCGAUGGCUCUCACGAUCAGGGCAGCCGAAGGUUCGCACAUUCCCCCCCGUUUGCGGAAGAGUUUCGAGGCCACCCCUCCCUCCUCUGUGAACCCCUCCUUUGCUGUUCUGUCCAUUGACAGGAAUCAGAUAGUUGCUGGAGAUCUAAUUGAGAAAUAAGGCAAAUGGUAAAACUACGUGCCUCUGUG